AUGGGCUUGCCACGACUGGUCGCCCGCGCGACAGCGGUCUCAACACAAACCCCGACGCUUAUGCGCCUCGUCGCUGCCGCCGCCCCGCGCAGUCGCAUCAUCGCUCCCCCAACGAUUUCCCCGCGCCUCUACAGCACUGCGUUACCGAGUGUGACCGACAAAGGCUUCUGGAAGUCGCUAAUUCCCAAGCCGCUGCGGCGGGAGAACCGGGCGCGGCGGAGGCGCGGCUGGUGGUCCAGGGGGGAAUGGAACCCGGCGACGUACUUUAUCGUCAUGUUUCUGUUUGUCGGGUCCAUGUCGAUCCAGAUGAUUGCGCUGCGCAAUCAGACGACCCGGUACAUGCGGCAGGCGAGCGUGCGGCUGCAGCAGCUGCGCGAGGUGGUGGAGCGCAUUCAAAAUGGCGAGGACGUCGACGUGGAGAAGAUGCUGGGGACGGGCGAGCCGCAGAGGGAAGCAGAUUGGGAAGAGGCUCUGCAAGCGAUUGAACGAGAAGAGGCAAUGAAAAAGUCGACGCCAAAAGAAGCUGCGAAGCUCAAGAGUGAAGACGCACCACAAGCAACAAAGGCUGCCACUCCAGGCCAGAACUCGGAACAGACAUCAACGAAAAGCACGGGGUUUGGCAACUUCUACUAG